AUUUAAUUUAUACACACGACGGUUGAGUGACCACGAUCCUCUUCCUGGCAGCUUUUGGCCCCACUCGUUACAAUUUUUGUGUUAAUCGGGAGAAGAAAACACUUGGAGACAGGGCCGUCUUUUCGCACAGACAGACACACACAAACACCCCCACACCCACACAGAGUCCAGAAAGCAAUAGACAGAUCGUGUCACGUACUGUGUCAUCGGCGCACAGCACUACUGCUACACACUAAGACAACGUGGCUCACAUUGACGACAAGUACAUGGAUCUGGAAACAAAUCUGGCCAUCAUGAAAAACGUCACGUCUGCCAUUAAUGCCAGCUUCCCAUCAGUUCCUGUUUAUCCGUCGCUAGGCAACCACGAUUUUUACCCCCACGACCAAGCGGAAGCGAAGACAGACCGAAUGUACAAGUCAAUGGCUGCGAUGUGGGCGGGAUGGAUCAAGGACCCAGAGCAGAUAGACAAUUUCCGCAAAGGUGGCUACUACACGUCUCUGGUCCGCCCAGGACUUCGACUUCUCGGCCUCAACACCAUACUGUACUUCUUCCCCAACCCCUUGACCAAGAACAUGACAGACCCGACUGGUCAGUUUGAGUGGAUGGAGCGAGUGUUGACCAGUGCAAGAGCUAACGGCGAAAAGGUAUUGGUCAGUGCUCACGUGCCCCCUGGCCUGUUCGUACCGGACUUCAUCUACUGGAUGUACCCGCAGUACCAACACAGCUUCCACCGCAUCAUGCUGGACUUCUCCGACGUCAUCGCUGGUCAGUAUUACGGCCACGAUCACACAGACACCUUCAAAAUCGUGCAGAAUGAGAAAGGGCAACAGGCUAGCCCUAUGUACACGGCCCCCUCAGUGACCCCCUGGAGGUACCGGGCUCCCACCAAAUCCGGGGACCCCCACAACCCUGGUGUGAGGCUGGUGGAGUACGACAGGACAACAGGGCUGGGCCUCAACUACAUGCAGUACUUCAUCAAUCUCACGGACAGCAACAGGCAGAACGCGACACACUGGACUGUUCUGUACAACUUCCAGGACGCAUACAAAGUCCCGGACAUGAGUGUGACGUCACUGCGGAAAAUCUUCCACUCCAUGCGUCACAAGGGGAGCGAACCGAUGCUCAAAUACUGCGACUACCUGAUGGUGAGCAACUACACGCAGACGUGCACAGACGAGAUGCAAGCUGAGAUCUGGUGCGGGGGACAGAUUGAGGACAUGACGACAGCCAAAAAGUGUAUUAAGAAAUAUAAGUCUGGCGCUGUUGAUCUUGAAUCGUUAGGUUUAAACAAUGUCGUUAUGAUGAAUGGAGGGUAGCAGCCACCGAUACUCUUCUCGUCCAGACUGUGAUGGUCCUAGCAGGGACACUUUACAAAAACCUUGGUGCAAGCAAUAUUUUUACUUGAUUGAAUAAACAUAUUUUUAUUUUUAAAAAUCA